AUGCAGCCCAAAUUUCGCGUAGAGGUCGUCAGUGAGGAUGACUUCCCCGGGCUGUACCGGGCGCUCUGGGAAGCCUUUGAGAAUCCCUACCAGGGCAUCGUCCGCUUAUUCUUCCCCAUCCACAACAAUGAUCGCGAGGGCAGUCUCAAGGCGUGCGUCCAGGCUCAACUGGAAGAGUACAAGAAAGAGCAGCCGCAUGUAACCUGGAUCAAAGUCGUGGAUACGGAAGCCAACAAGAUCGCCGCCGCGGCCAAAUGGUACUUUUACCCCGAGAACCCUUUCGCCAAACAGGAGGGCCCGACCGUGGCAGACUGGUUUCCCGAGGGAGUGACAAGGGAGUGGGCGACACAGGCAGUCAAGCAGUUUGAGCAUCCGCGGGAGAGCAUGGCCCGACGACCCCAUGCUUUUCUACACAUUGCGUUUGCUCUCCCCGAGUAUCGCGGCAAGGGCCUCAGUCAUCUCUUCAUGAGAUGGGGCGUGGAAAAGGCCGACGCGCUGGGCUUGGAAGCGUGGCUAGACGCCUCGGAGUUUGGAGCGCCCGUUUACCAGAAGUAUGGCUUUCGAGAGGUUGUCUCUAAUAGCGUGAAGCCGAUUCCGACGCGCAGAUUGUCCGAUGAGGAGCAGAAAGAAUGGACACGCUGCGAGGAGACUUUCCUGCCCAUCGAUGAGAGAGUGAUGUGGCGCCCUGUUUUAGGCAAAUAUGUCGAGGGAGAGACGCCAUUGGCACGGCUCGAUGAGACGGACCAGGUCUAG